GGUCCCAGUUUGGGAUUGAACCAAUCCCAGUUUGGGAAUGAACUGGUCCCAGUUUGGGAAUGAAUCAAUCCCAGUCUGGGAAUGAACCGGUCCCAGUUUGGAAAUUAAACUGGUCCCAGUUUGGGAGUUAAACUGGUCCCAGUUCCGGAUCCCGCUCCCGGAAUUUUCCGCGAUCGGGAUUUUGGGUUCCCGGGAUCGAAUUUCAGGCCCCGCCCGGGGGCGGCUCCCGGCGGCUCCUCGGAGGAAUUUUCCCCUUCCCGGAUUUCUCCGCCAGCUCCAACUUUUAACCCAAAAAAAAACAAAAAAAAAGAAAAUUUUGGGGGAUUUUUUCCCGCCGGGAAGCGCCGCUGGAAAUGGGAAUUUCCCCUCUGGAGCGCCGCGUGCUGAUCCCAGGCCCCCCGCCAUGCGGCACUGCUUCUACAACGAGUCCGUCGGCUUCUUCUACAACAACAGCCGCAAGGAGCUGAGCGCGACAUGGCGGCCCCGGGACGCGCUGCUGCUGGCGCUGGGCCUGGCGCUCGGCGCCGCGGUGCUGCUGGCCAACCUGCUGGUCAUCGCCGCCGUGGCCACCAACCGCCGCUUCCACCACCCCAUCUAUUAUCUCCUGGCCAACCUGGCGGCCGCGGACGUCUUCGCCGGCGUGGCCUACAUGUUCUUGAUGUUCCACACCGGGCCUAGAACCGCCCAGUUGUCGCUCAAGACUUGGUUCGUCCGGCAGAGCUUGUUGGACACCAGUUUGACGGCUUCGGUGGUCAACCUGUUGGCCAUCGCGGUGGAGCGGCACCGCACGGUGCUGAGCGUGCAGCUGCACAGCGAGAUGUCCGCCCAGCGCGUGGUGGGCUUGAUCUUCUCCAUCUGGGCGGCGGCGCUGCUGCUGGGCUUGAUCCCGUCCUACGGGUGGCACUGCCUGUGCUCCUUGGAGAGCUGCUCCAGGAUGGCGCCGCUCUACAGCCGCAGCUACUUGACCUUCUGGGCCAUCUCCAACCUGCUGGUGUUCCUGGUCAUGGUGAUGGUCUACGGGCACAUCUUCGUCUACGUCAGGAGGAGGAUGGCGCGCAUGGCGCGGCACACGGGCGCGCACCCGCGGCACCGCGACACCGUGCUGGCGCUGGUCAAGACCGUCACCAUCGUCCUGGGUGCCUUCGUGGUGUGCUGGACCCCGGGCCAGGUGGUUCUGCUGCUGGACGGGCUGGGCUGCCAGAGCUGCGACGUUCUGGCCGUGGAGAAGUACGUGCUGCUGCUGGCCGAAAUUAACUCCCUCAUUAACGCCAUCGUUUACUCGUGGCGCGAUAACGAGAUGAGGAACACCUUCCGACGGAUCCUGUGCUUCCCGUGCCUCCGGAAUUCCAAAUACGCCGCUCCGGAGCGAGGGCUGAGCUCCCACAACGGCCACUUCACCGUCGAUUCUUCCAUUUAGGGGUUUUUUGGGGUUUUUUUUGGGAUUUUUGGGGUUUUUUUGGGAUUUUUGGGGUUUUUUUGGGUGCGGCCCAAAGGGCUGUGGGGCUCCGAGGUGGGAAUUUUUCUUGGGAAAGUCGUGGUGGAGGAGGGAUUGUGGGGUUGAGGAGGGGUUUGGAUUCCUGGUGGGCUCCAAAAUCCAAAUUUCCAUGGAAAAUUCCUGGUGGGAUCAAGGAUUGAGAAGAAUUUUGGAGCCCAGGGAGGCUCCAGCAUCCAAAUUUCCAUGGAAAACUCAGGAUCGAGGUGGUUUUGAGGGAUUUGGGAGAACCUUGGAUUCCUGGUGGGCUCCAAAAUCCAAAUUUCCAUGGAAAACUCCUGGUGGGAUCAAGGAUAGAG